AUGUGGCAGCCGAACGCACGGCAGGAACGUCUGGGUAGUCCCGGUAUUCGUUCUUGGUACCCCAACCCUUCAGAUCACACUGGCUCGUCUACUGCCCUGUGCCCUGUCACUGCAGCCCUCAUUGGCUUGUCAGGGGAAGCCUUCUCCAACACAGGAAACGAGAGCCUUGCAUCGUUUCGAGAACCCUCCUCCUCCAGUUUGAUCUCGAAUCUGAUCCUGCACACCUCUGCUUAUUCUCAACGGACUGUGCCACCGGACAGUCCCUUCCGAGGUGAUUUCUGCAAUCUGGCGCAUGGUUCCAGCAGCGAGGCAUGA